CGCUCAUUGACUUCCCACUCCACAACAUGAUUAGCUCGUGAUGGGUUUUUUAUUUCACUAUAUAUUGUGCCUCGUUUGUUCCUUAACCUAAUUCAACAUUCUUUUCUUCACCACCACUUUCCUUUCAACUGGUCACAUAUAUGCGUCUUCUACAGAUCACAGCUGCGCUGGCUCUAUGCUCAACUUUUUCAGGCAAAAUUAAUGUCAUGGCAAAAUCUGGUACCUUUCUCCACGUUACAGAUAUCCAUUUGGAUGAGCACUACUUGGAGAAGUCCGAUCCUGCUACAAACUGCCAUCGAAAAGAUGGAGACAAAUCCAAAAACACUGCUGGACAUUUUGGAACACUAGGAAGCGACUGUGAUUCCCCAGUGUCACUGGUUGACUCUGUCUUUGAUUUUAUGAAAGGAGCUGCAUUCCAAGACGUUGAUUUCAUUGUCUAUACUGGAGAUACUGCUCGCCACGACCGAGAUUCUAAACUCAAGCGAACUGACUCAGACAUUUUAGCUGCCCAUAAGAAAGUUCUCUCUUAUUUUAGCAAGACAUUUGAUAUGAACAAGGUCACGCUCCUACCAACUCUCGGUAAUAACGAUAUGUUCGACCAUAACGCAAUGAACGUAGCCGAAAGCGAUAAGAAUUCUAUGAACAUUUUGGAAGACCUUAAGCAGCUCUGGAAGCCACUUGACCUCAACCUUACCUCGGAUUUCUCGAACGGUGGCUACUUUGUACAAAAUAUAGCCAAUGGCCCAUCCGUCAUUAGCUUGAACUCCAUGUACUUUUUUACAAGCAAUACAGAGGUUUCUGAUUGUGAUAAGGCAGGCUCGCCUGGUGCUGAGGAACUGGUCUGGCUUGAAGGACAAUUGCAAGAGGUACAACGUUCGAACAAGAAAGCGUACCUUAUGUCGCAUGUACCGCCUGUAGACAAGUCAGACAUCUUGUACAAAUCAAAAUGUUACUCGCAAUAUGUUAACUUGUUGGGAAAAUACUCUGAAGUUAUAGCAGCCCAUCUUACAGGGCAUACAAAUGACGAUAAUCUGGCCGUUUUGUACAAAAAUGGUAAAGAUUACAGCUUGACUGGACUGUCGAAGAAAGUGAACAUCGACUUCAAAACAAACGACAUUGUAGGUGUCCUUACAAACGCACCGUCCGUUCUUCCUCAAAACAACCCUGGCAUUCGUGUCUAUCAAUACGAUCAAUCGGACUACACUAUCUUGGGCUGGGACCAAUAUAGCACUGAUCUCAAAAAGGCCAACAAAAAUAAUCGCAUCACCUGGCAGAAGGAAUAUAGCUCUGGCCAGGUUUAUGGUGUUCAAAAACUGGAUGCCAGUGGAUGGCGUUCAGUGGUACAAAAGUUAAAGACAAGUAAGAAAGUAUUCAAUAAAUACAAGUCCUUUAUUAAAGUCGAGGGAAUUUGAAACAAAAAUUCCCUUGUAAGGACAUUUUAUGCCGAGUAAAGAUUUGGCGUUUCUAUGGUACAGGUUUAUGUGCG